AUGUGCAUUCCUUACUCUAUAUUUAACAGCUGCGGUCCGUGCUGGGGGCAACUGCAACAGAGGGGAACCUUUGUAGCUUCCCAAAUUCACGGCUCCCGAGGGGGGGGGAGGGGGAAGCUUUCCGCAGGGAGAAGAGGGAUUUCUCUCCUUCCCGGCGUUUGCAAAGCAGGUUGCGUUAAAGAGAGGCUGCAAUGCCAGCAUCCCAGCCGCGGUCCAGGGCACGGGACAGGAACAACGUCCUCAACAGGGCUGAGUUCCUCUCCCUGAAUCAGCCCUUGAAGGGGAACCAGGAGGGCAGGAGCUCCGGCAGAAAGCAGAGCGGCCAGGCGGGGCCGGCCGGCGCCCCGAACAGCAGCCCCAAGGAGCGGAGGCAGUCGCAGCAGCUGCCCGAAGAGGACUGCAUGCAGCUCAACCCUUCCUUCAAAGGAAUUGCCUUCAACUCCUUGCUGGCCAUCGAUAUCUGCAUGUCCAAGAGGCUGGGAGUGUGUGCCAACAGAGCCUCCUCCUGGGGUGGUGCUCGCUCCAUGAUUAACCUCCUGGGGAUAACAGGGCAUGGGAUCCCCUGGAUCGCGGGUACCCUCAUCUGCCUGGUGAAGAGCAGCACGCUGGCAGGCCAGGAGGGCCUCAUGAACCUGCUGCUAGCCCUGCUCCUGGACAUCAUGAUUGUGGCUGGUUUGCAGAAGCUGGCCAAGCGGAAGGGCCCGUACGACAUCAGCCCUGGCUUGCUGGACUACCUGACCAUGGACACCUAUGCAUUUCCAGCUGGGCACGCCAGCCGAGCGGCCAUGAUCUCCAAGUUCUUCCUCAACCACCUGGUCUUGGCCAUCCCUCUCCGGAUCCUGCUGGUCAUCUGGGCCCUCUGUGUGGGCUUUUCCCGUGUCAUGAUUGGACGGCACCACAUCACAGAUGUCCUGUCUGGCUUUGUUUUUGGCUACUUACAGUUCAGGCUGGUGGAGUUGAUAUGGAUGUCUUCCAACACAUGUCAGAUGUUGAUAUCCAUCUGGUGAAUAUGGGGGACUUGACACCUUUCCACUGGAAACUAGCAGAUACUUUAAGAGCCUCUCUCCUGGUAUUUUCUACAUGUUGUUUGUUGGAAGCAGUUGUAGCUUCCAUGAGUAGUGGUGUUUUUUUAAUGUCGCUUCCCUACCUGAAAAAAAAAAAACGAAAACAAAAACGUUUCUUGCAAUGGAUUGGAUUUUAGCAAUCAAGGGCCAUACCUGUGUUUCGGCCAUAUUCUCAAACUGUGUUUGGACAGCAACUUAAUUAAGCUUUAUGAGUGACAGAAAUGAGCUACAUAUCUGCCUAGUUUGGGUGGUUCGCAUCAGCACCUUGAUACGUCCUCAGGAUGGGCAGAGCCUGAGAGGUUCCUGAGAACACGUUCGUUAACUUUUUUGAGGCUAAAUGAUUUUGGCCAAGUGCUUUUUCUUUUUGUAAGCCCAGCAGUUGUGUCUUGUACAGAGUCAGGACACUGCCAGCACUUCACAGAUAAUAAAUAAUCACAAAAAUCC